AUGGAACCCCAAGGUCUUGACGAAAUGUCAAACAGUGUCCAAAAGAGUGUCCAGAAGAUGCCGGGGCCUCAAUACGGCCUUCCACGAACCCUCUAUCGCCCAUGUGUAAUGAAGGUCAACGGGACUCUCUUUGGCGGCAAGAGUCUCGGAUUCGCCACUGAUGUCGAUACGCAUUUGCUUGCAUUGCGGACGAGAGACAUGGAUUCUCAUUUGGGAUUUGUCAUGCAGUUCCCUUUGGCCGCUUCGGCCGAGGACAAAGGCUUUGGCAAGGUUUACACAAUGUGUGCUCAUACUCGAAAACCCGACCCUUGCAACUUUCGCCAGCUCAAAGUCAAGUUUCCCCGCGAUAUUGAGAUCAAGUACCGGGAGGCCAGCCAAGAGGACACUGCUAUGUGCCCCAAAGGUGUACCAAGGAUGGUAUGGAUCGACGUUACCAUGAACCAAGGCGUCAUUUAUGUCCAAGGAUUUGGUAUGCCAUACUACAACCCGGACCAUCCCGCUCAUAGCUGGCUCCAAAACCUGUCUCCAGUUGUGGGUAACUUGAAAUUCCUUGAUUUUGUCCAACAAAAACGAUUCACCUUCCUCGUUUCCUAUCCCGAAAUACUGGCAAGGAACCAAUGGAGUGUGGCUAGCCUAGCGCCUAAGUUCGACUAUGGCUACGGUACCGAUCACCACUGUCUCGUUCAAGACUUUGACUGGCUAAUCAAGGCCUCCAAACAGAUGGCCGAUGAGAAGCUGCCUGCAUACUUCGUACAGAUGCCAGCCAAGGCCAGGAUAGGGAGAUCAUACUUCGUCAUCGUGAGACCCAGUCGUGACUUCUGGAAGCGCUACAACAAAGUGUGGGCACGCUUUACCAAGUCUGCCGAAUUGACGAUUCAUCUACAUGGUGAGAAGACCGAGGUCUGGCAAGCCCGUGUUCGGGACCGUCCCAGUCUACUCGAGCUUGAGCGCAAGGUCGAAGCUGGCUGUCGGUUUCUCCCUACCUCUGCUCCAACGAAUGGGCAUUUUGGGUUCCCAAGCAUGGAUAAGACGUUGGUCAUGACUCUGCACAGGGAUCUCCUACGUGGUGAGGGAUUCUACAACAGCAUGGUCCUGUCAGCCUCUACCACUGGUGUCGACAGUGAAACGAAUGAAGUGGGCAGUACCAAACGCAUUUGUCUCCAGACUCUCCCUUCCGUUGACUUCCUCGACGGCUGCGACUCGGAAUGGGUCGAUUCACUCAUGAUAGAAGCCCUCGAGGAAGAUCGUCAUCGAUUGCGCAAGCAUCUUAGCCACAGUCCCCUGGGCUUGGUUGUUGUUACUGCUGGUCCCGGGUUCGGCAAGACCACCGCCACGGCCGUCGUGGUUCUUGCUAUGCAUUCCAGUAUGGGGAAGGUUUUGGCGAGUGGUCCGUCAAACGUUUCAGUCGACAACUUGUGCUCUCGUAUUCAUGUUAUGUCCACUCGGGUUACAGACCGGUACAAUGGUGACAGAGCUACCCGACAGCGCCGCCCAUUGGUUCUCCGUGGCUUCAGGCUCGAUCAUGAGUAUGCUGCGUUCAACAGAUUGCUACAAAACCCCGACCUUGGUGAUGACGCCGCCUCUUAUGGUCUCUGGGGGGUCCAGUCAAAAUGGAAGUUGCAAUGUUCAGCGACGUACUGGCUUCUCGUCUGCCUUGGCUCCUGUUACGUUUCCACGCUAGCAGAUGACGACAGCAAGGCCUUACACAGUCUGCGCGACGAUCUGGCCAAACGAAACGACAUGGAAUCCCUCCGAAAACUAGUCGCGGACUUCGAAACACUGGUCAAUCGAAUCAUCGAAGCUGCUGACAUUCUUUGUACCAUUCCUACCUUGGCUGAACCUGAGGAGAGGUUCUCAGACUGCAAGGUCAAGACUGCCCGUGCUAUUGCGAUUGACGAGGCUGGGAGUAUGAGCCGUGCCGACCUGUACUCUGUCUGGGGCAACACCCUCCUACCUUGUCUGCUCGCAGGAGAUGAGAAGCAACUCACCCCAGUUGUGAUCACUAUGCACGACCUAUACUCCGACGGUAGCUCGAUCAAUAGGUUCGGCCCCGACGGCAAGAUUUCGCCCCUCGAAUUCGUCAAAACAUCCGGUUGGUCUGUAUAUCGCCUACGAACCCAGUUGCGCAUGGCGCAAGGUCAAUUCGAAAUCUGCCGCACCACAGCCUACAGUGAUAUCAACUCCGCGUACGGUCCAGGGUCCGACAUCAGCCUCCCUGCCCAUCGCAUUGGUCGCGUCUUGGAGGAGUACAUCCGUACUAGGUUUCCUGACGUCAAGCCUCCUGAGGAUAGGACCUUGGAGCCCUUAUUCGUCAGUUGCAAGAACUCAUGGUGCAUGGUGGAUCCCGUCACCGGGUCAAAGAGAAAUCUCGACCAAAUCCGCGUCGCUCUGGACUUUUGCGCCGACUUUGUCAGGACUAAGCAGGUUAGCCCUGCCGACAUUCUUAUCAUUUCACCGGAUAUCACCAUGGUUAAGACCAUCUCUAGGUGGCUGGGGAAAGCACAAUACGCCGUGCUUAAUGGCAUGCGGCCGCCUUUGACGAUUCACUCAACCCAAGGUCAAGAGAGCGACAUGGUCGUCAUCAUUACCGGCACAAACAGCUCUGUUGGUACUGGCUAUAUGUCUGACGAACGCCGCCUGAACGUCAUGUUGAGCCGACACAAGAGCGCUCUUGUCAUCUUCAGUGACAUCGACACUGUCGACUACACUGGUAAGAAUAAGAAGGCCAAGUUGACUGAAGGGCCCACGGGGGAGAUGACGUUCUCCCAGGCUACCAUGCUGAAGCGCGUACAUAGCAUGGUGGUUAGGAACGGUCGAGUCGCCACGGUCAACUGCAUCUAG